AUGGCUACAGAAUACCCUCACCGAAUCGCCCUCCUAGGCCUAGGCACAAUCGGCCUCUCAAUGCUAGCAAUGCAUCUCCGCCGCCCAGACACCAGCAUAACAGUCUACGACCCCCGACCGGACUACGAAUCCCAGAUCCGGAGCACACUACCCUCCCUCCUCGAUUCUGUCAACUCAACCCUAAUUGACGAGCUGAUCAGCACCUCCCGCCUAAAACUAGCCACUACCCUCCCGGAAGCCAUCCAAGACGCAACAAUCAUCCAAGAACAAAGCCCGGAAGUCACAUCCUCGAAACAGGCUCUCUGGAAGGAAGUUGCCAGUCUCGCAGAUCCAGAUGCCCACCUGUGGAGCAGUUCAUCUGGAAUCCCAGCGUCGGCCCAAGCAUCCGGAUGCGAGGCCGCGGACCGUGUUGCGGAGCGGUUACUCGUGGCGCACCCGUUCAACCCGCCGCAUCUGAUGCCGCUUGUUGAGAUUGUGCCCGGGCCUGAGACUAAUGUCGACCGGGUUGAGUUUGUGAAGAAAUAUUUCGGCGAUAUACCUGGUCCCCAGGUUUCGGAUGGCGCUGGUGGUUCGGGCGGGGAGCAGUCGGGUUCGAAGCAUUACCGGCCUAUCACUCUGCAUAAGGAGAUUCCUGGGUUCGUGGGAAAUAGGCUUGCUUUUGCGCUGCUAAGGGAGGCGUGUCAUCUUGUUGGGGAAGGGGUCGUCUCAGCAAGGGACUUGGAUUCUCUCGUUACAGCUAGUUUGGGGCCGCGGUGGGCUGGUAGUGGUGUGUUUGAAAGUUAUCAUGCUGGUGGUGGAGAGGGUGGAAUCGGGGCAUUUUUGCAGAAGCUUGCCCCGACGAUUCAGAACGUGUGGGGGGAGUUAGGGCAGAUCGAUAUUGAGGGUGAACAGGCAUGGAAAGAUUUGGUUGUUAAGCAGACUGAAGACGCUUAUGGGCCGUAUACUCCUGAGACACGGAAGAAGAAACAGGAGAUGUUGAGGGAUGUUGUGGAGUUGCAGAAGAAGAAAUGGGGAGAGUUGUAA